CUUUCUCUUUCCCUCUUCUCUUUUUCUGUUUAUCUCAAGAUGCUUCCAAACGACUAUAACCAUAGGCAUACUAGACCCGUGUCCGAAGUCAUUAACUCGAGUCGUUUUAUAAAUGAAGCUGACAUAGGAGGUAAUUGGUAUGAGGACUUACAAAAUUAUGAGCGAAAUCUCGACGAAAUGGCUUCCACUACGUUGGACCAGACCUUCAAGGAAGAAAUGCAACAUGUUGACCAAUGGUAUCGUUAUUUGACUGAAGCUGAAAAGACGGCUACCAUGUAUACACUUCUUCAACACUCGAGUCAAGUCCAAGCUCGGUUUUUUAUUAAUUUGUUACAACAAAUGAUCAAAAGGGACCCUCUGUUUUCGUUAUUGACCCCUAAUCAUUCAGAGCAAGAUAUGCAGAAUCAUUUAGCUGGUGCGAUGGCAAAAGCGGAGCUUGAGGCAAGUCAGCGCUUAAUGUCGGUGCUACCUUACAAGACAGGUCAAGUGAUAAGCAGACCUCCCAGUACGACAAAUCGUCGAACAGUUGAUCGCCAUUCAUUCGCAUUAGGCGAUACUGAAGAAUAUAAUCGAUUGUUUGGCACAAGAGCUGAUUUUAACACAAACAGUCGUCCAUCAUCGUCUUAUGUAAGCAGCCUAUUGGACGAUCCCAUGGCUGGUAACACAACACAAACAAGACGCAUCAAUAAUAGAGGGCGUCCUAUGUUUAAUAAUGGCGGUAGACCUCAUUCUGUCAUUGAGGGCGAUACCAAUGCGUUGUUCCCUAAUAACUGGAUGAAUAUGAUUCCUAGUACAAGUACAAAUAAUAUCAUGCGUCGUCAACCUCCUGUUGUUGUGGGUCAUAUUGGGGAUCGUAAGAUGAUGCCAGAACGACCCAAAUCAGCUGACAUUAGUCAUUGGGCAUUGCCUACUGCCACUAGUUCCACUGAGUCACUUAUGGAUCGCCAUGCAAGUAACGGUGGUACCAAUUUUGCUUCUUCUUCCUCUUCUUCUGUCUGGGGACAAUCAUCUCAACAAAAUCAACAACAACAACAGCAGCAACAACAGCAACAACAAGUGGAUAAUGAGUUGCUUGAUUUUGCUAGUACCCUGCAACAACCUUAUCGCCGACGUGCUAAUGUAAACCGUAUUCCUGUUGUGCCUGAAAAUGAUGAAGUGACUCGAAAUAAUGCAUUUCUAGAUGAUUCUUCUUUUCGUAUCACUGCUCCAGGCAUUGAGCAUUACAGCAACUAUUUGCUGAUACCUCAACAACAACAACAGCAGCAGCAGCAGCAACAACAACAACAACAGCAAAAGCAAAAAUUGCAAGGUAUCAUUGAUGGUGCUUCUAAUUUGACAUUGGAUGACCAUGGAUAUACCAGUGAUCAUAGUGAUGGUUCACACAUGUCUCGUCGUCGUUCUUCUUCCAUGAUACCCAAUAAUAAUACUUCGAGAGCCACCAAGGAUAAGAAAGCUGUUGAAGUAGUCGAUAUGGAGCUUUUGAAAGAUGUUCCUGCUUGGCUCAGGAGUCUUCGUCUGCAUAAAUACAACAGUAUCUUUAGUGAGAAUACAUGGCAAGAAAUUGUCAAGAUGUCAGACGAGCAAUUGCUAGCUAAAGGUGUUGCUGCGUUAGGUGCAAGACGUAAGAUGCUUAAGGUGUUUGAAAACAUUAAAAAUCAUUGUGAAGCCAAUAAUAUUGAAUAUUAAGACUUGUUUAUGUACAUGUAUUUUCUUUUUUCUUUGUUUUUCUGAUUUCUUGCUGGGCAAGGUAUUCUUUCCCUUCUCUAUAUAUGUAUUCUAAAAAAUAAAAUAUACUCUGAUUCAUCAUUU